CACUGGCACACACACACACACACACAUAUUCAUGCAUACGGGAGCGUAGCUGAGGACUGCAGCAGCAUGCAGCAACUGUGAGCUGAGCCAUUCAGGGACUGAAGGAAGAACUCGGGAGGGAAAAYGGUGCCAACCUAGACUAGCCUGCUYRCAUCUUUGCAGUGUUGGGAAGCGAUGAUUUCAAGAGAAGACGGCUUAUGAUASUGAGCCUCCGCUGCACUGCCUCUGCAUCCCAUUCACCGCGCUCCUCCCACUCCUGUUCCUUUUUCUCCUCCUCUCUACAGCAUCAUUAGACAGGACUACAGAUUGACAGGAACUGGCAAGUGCUGGAUGGUCAGGAUUUAUUCUGUGGCUAUGCUACCUCUGUCCACUCGCAGACGCCUGGAUUGAAACUGACAUUCGGAGCUAAAAUAUAGCCUCGACCUGCSACGAAUCUUGGAUGUGUUUGUGAUUCUUUACCAGUGUUGUCACUGGCACAUUUCCUCGUUUUGUCUUGAUGCUGGUUGUUUUAGCCUUUUCUGAGACUGGCUAGCAGGCACUGCAGCAUCAGGACCGCAACAUCCAUGAAGUGGUAGAGCAUGAGGACCCAGGGGUGAGCCUAAGGAAGGGCUUGAGUGCUUCUACUGCUACCACUGCUGAGCUGAACGAUUGGGACAGCAGGUGGAGGAGAAGAUGCUWAUGGCCCGAGACACUGCGCGGGAUGAAGCUCAGAAGCUGCACAGGAAGUGGCUGAAACACCAGGCCUUUAUGACAGAACUGGCCCGCAAUAAAGAAUGGCUGGCCAAGAUAGAACAGGAGGGUCAAGAGCUGAUUCAGGAGAAGCCGGAGUUGCGUUCGGUCGUGCAGCAAAAGCUGGAAGAGAUCAGGGAGUGCUGGUCUGACCUGGAGACUACAACCAAGGCAAAGGCCCGCCAGCUUUUUGAAAAUAACAAACCUGAGCCAGCAGUCAAGAGCUAUUCAGACCUUGACAGUCAGCUAUCUCAUUUGGAGCAGCAGCCACCCCAGCUAGAACAGGCACAUCAUCUGCCCACCUUUAAUGAGCAACUACAGAAAUUCCAGGCUAUGGAAUCUCAGAUUGGUGACUUUUACAAGGAUGUGGGAGAACUGGGAGGUUUGCAGGGGCUAAGCCAACCCCAGCAAGGCUUGAUAACAGAUGACAAAGAGGCCGCUGAGCAGUUGGGUGAAGUGGAGACCCGCAUUGUUCGCCUAAUUGAGCCCUUGAAGGAGAGACGUCGUAUCCUACUGGCCUCCAAAGAAAUGCAUCAAGUUGCACAGGAUCUGGAAGAUGAAAUACUGUGGAUCCAAGAGAGGCUCCCCCUGGCCUCCUGUAAGGAUUACGGCAGUAACCUCCAGAGUGUACAGCACUAUCUGAAAAAGAACCAGACGCUCCAACGAGAACUGACAGGGAGGCGAGCUCGGAUUGAGGAGGUUUUAGACCGUGCUGGAAUUAUUGCCUCCUUGAGAACUCCCGAGGUGGACUUUGUGCGUGAAGGGGCGGGGAAUGUGCGCCAGCUGUGGGAAGUUUUGCAGCUGGAGACAGAAAGAAGAUCUGUGAUGCUGGAUGCUGCUCUACAGGCUCAGCAGUACUACAGUGAGGCGGUUAAAGUGGAGUCCUGGCUGUCGGGGCAGAAGCUCCAGGUUGCCAGUGAAGAAAAAGGCACAGAUGAGGCAAGUACUCUACAGCUGCUGAAGGCCCACCUGGCUCUGGAGCAAACAGUGGAAACUUAUGCAGAGACAGUAGGCAUGCUGUCCCAGCAAUGCCAGCGUUUAUUGGAACUGGGGCACCCRGAGAGUGAGCAGAUUACAAAGCAGCAGUCCCACAUAGACCGGCUGUACGUGUCGCUCAAAGACAUGGUGGAUCACAGAAAGACCAAGCUCGAGCAACAGUACUGGCUCUAUCAACUUCACAAUGAGGUCGAGGAGUUAGAGAAGUGGAUUACUGAGCGUGAAGCAGUGGCAAGUUCAACCGAGCUGGGCAAAGACCUGGAGGAUGUAACG